AUUAUGGUUGUGUUCGACUAAGGUUAGGUUCCUGAUCAGUAACUCAGUAAGUCUUAAGAUAAGAUAACCUUACUUUUUAUUUGAAAAAAAAUUCUCUCAACAAAAAUAUUGAUAGAAAACUUGAAAUAUUGUCGAAAUGUUGAAAGUUAUUGCGAAAGUUGUUGAACGAUCUAAUUUUUCGAUUCAGUGCAGGCUAUGCGGUUCAAUAACCAAUGUAUCCAAAGUGCAGUCACUAUCAGAAAUUCCAACUGAUGAGCCAGUUGCAGAAAUACAAACUAGAGUUUUAAGAGUGGCUAUAAUAGGAAUGCCAAAUGCUGGUAAAAGUACAUUGAUAAAUCAGAUUAUGGAUCGAAAGGUUUGUGCGACUUCCGAAAAAGUACACACCACCAGGACAAAAGCAAGGGCCAUAUUCACUGAAGAUGAUGCACAAAUAAUUUUCGUGGAUACACCUGGACUGGUCAAUGAAAAGGAACAGAAAAUCUAUAACUUACAGAAAGCAUUCAUCCGGGACGGAAAAAGCGUUUCUAGAGAAGCAGAUAUCAUUGGAGUUGUACAUGAUGUGGCAAAUACUUGGACCAGGGAAAGACUGGACAUUAAAGUCAUAAAAUUAUUAGAGUACAAUAAAUCGAAACCCAGCUUCCUUGUAUUCAACAAGGUAGAUGUUCUGAAAUCGAAAAGAAAAUUAUUGGAGUUGACUAGACAAAUAACUGAAAAUUGCGUGAACGGUGAACCCAUACCUGGUGGAAAACCAGUCAAGCCUAAAAAUUCCGAUGAUAAAGGUUGGCCGUUUUUUCAAGAAAUAUUCAUGGUUUCAGCAUUAACAGGAGAUGGACUAGAAGACAUUAAAAAAUAUCUUCUGAAUAGCGCAAAACGUGGAAAAUGGAUAUUUCCUGAAAAGACAUGGACAGAUCAAAUAUCUGAAACUGUCAUUUUGAAUACUGUGAAAGCUACUCUUCUUAAUUUUCUGCCACAAGAAAUCCCAUACCAGCUGACACCUCUAAUUGAAUAUUUAAAUGUUGACCAGAAUGAUGUGAUAACCACCGUUGUUAUUGUCCAGUGUCCAUCUGCAAGAAUAGCUAAAUUGAUAGCAGGCGCAGCAGAUGGAAGAUUAAGGCAAAUAACGGAUACUGUGCGGAUAGAUUUGCAAGACGCUUUUCAUAAUUACGUUAAAAUUAAAAUAGUACUGGAGCCUUCACCAAAUGAUCAAAAAUAAACUUGUUUACUUUAAAUUAGCAUUCAUCUGAGAACUGUGAAAAUUGUAUUUCAUGAAGAAGUAGAAGUACGACCUAAUAACAUUAUUGGGUAUUGUACUUGAUCGCCCUAAUAUGUAUAAUGCCAAUGUCCAUGAAAAUAUAUUGCAUGUAGAGUU